UCGAGGCAGAGCAUGUGCACGUUCUUUAGUUGACAACAAAAUGGGAAGGAAAUCAAAAACUAAAGACGAAGAGAACGGAGAUUCUGAAUCAAAGCUUGAUACAACGACAAGCAGCGAGAUAUCAGACAGACCGUCAUACGAAGAACUUGUUAAAAAAGUAAGCAUUAUCUCAAAGCCCCUUGCAAGCAAGAAACUGACAAAGAAGCUCUACAAAACCGUCAAAAAAGCUACAAAAGAAAAAUGCUUGAGAAGAGGAGUAAAGGAGGUUGCAAAAGCACUUCGCAAGAAUGAAAAAGGAUUUGUUAUCUUGGCUGGAGAUGUUUCACCAAUAGAUGUCAUUUCACACCUUCCAAUUCUCUGUGAAAACAAUAAGAUGCCAUAUUGCUUUGUGCCAAGUAGACUGGACCUUGGACUAGCAAGUCAGACAAAAAGGCCGACCAGUGUUGUUCUGGUAAAGGAAAAUGAAGCAUACAAGGAAUACUAUAAAGACUGCUAUUCUGAAAUGGAUAGUCUGCCAUUGCCAUUGUAAAAUAUUUUGCAUUUUUACUAUAUACCUUCUUAAAAUAGAUCUUUUAGUUUUA